AUGGAGGCCAUGAUAUGUGCUGCUAUUAUCAUCAUUGGGGUGUACGGCAUAAACACUUGCGCCACUGCCGAUCUGGUAGAGAAAGUUACCAGAAGGGCUCAUAGAGAUCAUUUAUUUGAUAAGGUUAUAAACGUGAAGGUGGCAAAGAAGCCAGACUUGAAAAGGAUCCAAGCAGAACUAGCCACUGCAUUGGGCUUCACAAUGGAAGAGAAGUCUGAAGCCAAAAGAGCUGCAAUCUUGCUAGAUAGAAUCAAAAUGGAGAAGAAAGUUCUGAUAAUACUAGAAAAUGUCCACGAAGGACUUGAUCUGCACAAAGUAGGAAUACCUUAUGGGGAUGAUCUUCACACGGAUUGCAAGAUAUUGUUGACUUCUUCAAGUGGAGAGAUAUUAUCCAACCAGAUACAAGCUCAUACGGUUUUCCAGGCUGAUUUUGUCUAG